AAUCACUAGUUAACAGAGGUCUUUUACACGAAAAAAGGCACCCUUUAGGGGGUUGUCUAUUAUUUCAGAUACUACUUUAUCUUACAAAUAAAAGACGUAAAAAAUGGAACAAUUUGAACAAUUGUUAACGUGUUGCGUUUGUUUGGAUCGUUAUCGCAUACCAAAAUUGCUGCCAUGUCAACACUCCUUUUGUAUGGAACCCUGUAUGGAGGGUUUGGUGGAUUAUGUCAGACGACAGGUUAAAUGUCCAGAAUGUCGUGCCGAACAUCGUAUACCCUACAAUGGCGUUCAGGCAUUCCCCACCAAUGUAACACUUCAACGUUUUCUCGAGUUACAUAUCGAGAUAACGGGCGAAUUACCAGAUCCCACUUCCGGUCAAAUAAUGGAACGUUGUGGUGUUUGCUCUGAGAAGGCCUAUUUGCAGCCUUGUGCUCAUUGUGAAAAGAAAAUCUGCGAAGAUUGUAAAAGUGCUCAUAUGGACAUUUUGCGACGUGAAAUUACACGUUUCAAUUCACAGAUUCGUCGCAGUUUACAUCGUCUGCAGGACUCCUUGGCCCUUAUCGAAAAGAACAUGGUUAGCUUACAAACGAAUUGUAUUAGUACUACAGAGGAAAUCGAUGAAAUCUAUCGUCGCAUCACUAAAGCCAUUAAGGAUCGUGCCGAUCAGUUGAAGGGAGAAAUCGAUCGCUACCUCACCACCGAAUCGCGCAAUUUGAAUACACUCAAAGAGAAUCUCGAUACUGAGAUCAGUAAUAUCAGUAGUAAUUGUGAUAUUGUUGACAAGUACAUGAAUGAGACAGUUGAAUGGGACGAUUGUGAACUGAUGGAUACGAAAGAGAUCUUCUUGAAGACGGUGGAAUUUUUGAGACAUUUCGAAUAUGAAAAUUCCGAUUAUAGUCGUCGUGUACGCUUUUUAGUUUCAAUUGAUCCCAAUCAAUUGGUCAUGAAUUUGGCCACAUUUGGUGACCUGAAUAUAACACCACAUUCGAGUACGGGAUCGGCCAGUAGCUCUCACUUGGCACCGCCCUCAUCAUUACAACCCGGUUUGAUGCGUUCGAAGAGUGAUCAUCGUUUGGCGUCACAGUUUCGCCAGCAGGAGGAACGUAUUGGUUAUAAUGAUGAGCCAGUGUUGGGUGGUCGCCGCUUUGGUGAGCGUCCAGUGCGCAUUAAUAACGAUCGCUAUGGCGAUAGCAGUUCCAGCCGUUAUGGCCGUGGUGGUGGCGGAGGUGGCGAUUAUGAUUAUGAUAACGAUUACGAUAAUGAUCAAUCGACACGUUCGGGUAAAUCACGUUUCCGUUCAAGAUUCGUGCGUUCCCACCAGAACGAUGACUCCGAUAACGAACAGCAACAGCUGCAGCGUCAACAGGAGGAGAAGAAACAAAAGGAUAAAGUGCGUGAUAGCGAGGAUGCUUCCAGGGGUCAGCUUAGUGGCAUUAUACGUUUGAGUGAUUGUGCCCGCGUUGUACAACGUCUAGCCGAUAUAGGCAAGGAGAAGAAGGAAAAGAAGGUCGAUACAGCGGCUCAGGCUGCCGUACAAGCAGCUAUUCAAGCUCAAAAAGCUUCAAUGCAAAGACCUAAACAACAGCCGCCUGCCGCUCAGAGACAAGUUUCCGAAGAUGAUGAAAUCAGUCGCAUUAAGCGUCAAAACAAGAAUGCACCCAGUUCUUCAACAGCAGCAGCAGCGGCCGCCGCUGAGUCAACGGAUAGACCAGCAGCCGAUCGUGUGAGUGCUUUAAAACGUAAUAGUGUUGCCCCUGGGGCUAACAGUGAAGAGAGUGAAAGUAGUUCUCACAAUGCAUCACCCGUGCGUAGGACUCCACCCAGGAUAGAGGUGAGUGUGGUUGAAACAAAUGAAGAAGAUAACAAUCCUAGCAGUAGUAGUAGUAGUGGUAAACACAAUAAUAACAUUAGUCAAGUAGCGUUAGGGGGAGUUGAAGAGGUAGAUGAUGAGGAUGAUGAAGAAGAAGAAGAGGAGGAAGAAGAGGAUGAAGAUGAGGAAGAAACUGAAUCCGAAGAGGAGGAAGAAGAAGAGGAAGAACAAAUUGCUAGUAAUAGUACAGAGCAGCAGCAACCACAGAAUGAACAACUUAGCGUAGAACAGCCAACAAAUGUUGAAACAGUUAGCGAGGAAGAGGAAACAGAAACUGAAACAGAAACAGAAACUGAGGAAGAAACCGAAACAGAGGAAGAAGAAACUGAAGAGGAGGAAGAAGUAGAGGAAGAAAAGGUAGACGAAAAUGUUGAAACAUUAGAUAACACUAACACAGAAGUUAUAGAAACCGAUAUCAGAGAUGUUCCCGCUAUUAAGGAGGACAGCGAUAAUAACAAUAAUGAAACGCAGCUAAACAAUAAUAAUGAAAAUUCUUUAAGAUCAGAUAAUAUAGAAGCACAAGCCUCCGAAAAUCAAAAGGAAGAAAGUGAAGAAGAGGUAGAGGAAGAGGAAAUAGAGGAAGUAAUAGAGGAAGUAGUAGAGGUAACCGAAACUGAGGAAGAAGAAACUGAAGAAGAGGUAACAGAUGAAGAGUCAAAAUCAACAGCACCAGUACCAGCCCAAGUAGCAGCCGUCAAGAAGACUACACGUUCCGGCAGCAGUGACUCAAGUGCUUCCACUGAAAGUUCAGCCAGUUCAGCAGCAGCUGCCGCUGGCCGGGCACCCUCAGCGGCUAGAUUUUCAACAGCACGCGAGAGUCCAGCACGUAGCACAGCCAGUAGGCCGGCAGCCUCAACAGCUGCAAGCACUACUGCUACCACUGAAAAGAAACCAUUUGUUAGCCGUUUCUUGCCACAACAUAGUACACCAGCAGCCGACAAGAGCAAAGCCGAAUCAGAGUCUAGUAGCGAAGAGGAAACAUCUACGGAAGAGUCUGAAGAUGAGGUCGAUGACAAGCCUACAGCUAAGACCACAGUCAACAGUGUCAGCAAGCCCUCAUCGAGUGCUGCUACAUCUGGUGUAUCGGCAGGAAGUUCAACCGCAUCUUCGUAUCGCGAUCGUCUCGAUUCGAGACGUAGUUCGCGCGAUGAUACGGGUUCGAAAUCCUCCUCCAACUACGCUACACCUUCAAGCAGUGGCGCUAGCAGUGGUUACAGUGGUACUACCUCAACAACACGUCAGCGUCCAGUUCCUGCUUCACAUCACGAUACUGAAGAUCGUUAUGGCGGUAGCAGUGCCACCGGCAGCAGCUACACAAGCCGCUUUCUAAAUAAAAGCAAGAGCAGCGCCAUAGUAUCGCAACCAUCCCUAUCCAACACGCCAAAUGCCUCUUUCGAUGAGGAUGCCAAUGGCACCGGCGAUGAUUCGGAUUCACGUUAUGGCACCGGACGUUCACGUUACUUAGCGAUGAAGGAGCGUCGCAAUCGUUUGGCACGUAGUCGCUCCUCGCAUCAAUUUGGCAACGAUGAUGAUGAUUUGGAUGAGCCCGUGUCGCCAACAACGGCAUCACCAUCUGCUUAUUUAGCUUCAAGAUAUAGCGGCUAUGGUGGUUCCGAUUUAGCACGCAGUCGUUCAUCACAUGCUCUCAAAUCACGUGACAGCUCUCCCAUCAUUGAUCGCACAUCAUCGCGCAGCGGUGCUGGUACAUCUUCGCUGGCCAACAACGACAGCAAGGAUGGUGAAGCUUUAAGCUCUUGGGCCCGUUAUUUGAAGAACAAAUAUGGCAAUAAGAGCUCUAAAGAUACACCUUCGGGUAGUGGACGUGACGGUCUCGGCAGCAGUAGCACUUCUUCGGCCCUGCCAUCUACAUCGAGUCAUGGUGCAAGUGGCAGCGGCAGUAGUCGUAGCCACGUUGCCAGUGAUGUGUCACGACGCCUUAGCCUGGGUCUGCCUCUAAGGCAGGUCAGUGAACUUGGUUCAUCGGAUGAUGACGGUUCAAAAAACGGGCUAGGCUCCCCUACCUCCCCUACGGUAGCAGCAGCAGCUCACGGUAUAACCGGAGUGGCAGGUACUUCCCCUAGGCAAUUGUACCUGCGCAAGCGUCAACAGCUGUUCCAAUUGGGGGGCCGGGGGAGCGAACCCGGUUCUUUUACCUGGCCACGCGGCUUAGCCGUUGGGCCGGAUAAUAGCAUUGUCGUCGCCGACUCGUCGAAUCAUCGCGUCCAAGUAUUCGAUUCGAAUGGCAUCUUCGUUAAGCAGUUUGGUGAAUAUGGCAAUGGUGAAGGCGAAUUUGAUUGUUUGGCCGGUGUAGCGGUCAAUCGUAUUGGACAAUAUAUAAUAGCAGAUCGAUACAAUCAUCGCAUACAAGUUCUUGAUCCGCAAGGACGUUUUCUGCGGGCAUUCGGUUCACAAGGUACCGCAGAUGGUAAAUUUAAUUAUCCAUGGGGUGUGACCACAGAUGCAUUGGGCUUCAUAUAUGUGUGUGACAAAGAAAACCACAGAGUACAGGUUUUCCAAUCGGAUGGUUCAUUUGUUGGUAAAUUUGGUACUUGCGGUCGUGGUGAAGGACAACUUGAACAUCCACAUUAUAUUGCUGUAUCGAAUACGAAUCGUGUUAUUGUUUCCGAUUCGAAUAACCACAGAAUUCAGAUAUUCGAUGUAAAUGGCAAAGUUUUAUCAACAUUUGGUGGUGAAGGUUCCGACGAUGGACAAUUUAAGUUUCCCAGAGGCGUUGCGGUGGAUGAUCAAGGUUACAUAUUUGUGGCCGACUCUGGCAAUAAUCGCAUACAAAUUUUCAAUCCUGAUGGUAGUUUCCUAAAAACUUUCGGUUCCUGGGGUUCUGGCGAUUCGGAAUUCAAAGGUCUUGAAGGUGUGGCUAUUAUGUCGAAUGGCAAUAUAUUGGUUUGCGAUCGUGAGAAUCAUCGUGUGCAAGUGUUUUAAAUUAAUUAACGUAUUGAACGCACUUGAAUAACGAUUUGAUGACGUCUUCAUAAAAUUAUUAUUAUUAUUUAUUUGUUUUUGUUUUUAAAUCAUUUAUAUUGUUUUGCUUGUUACACAUUUUUACAUUAUUUAAGGAACAACGUCCAACAAAUAUCCUUUUUUUUCUACUGAAACUUUUAACAAAUCAACAAAAAAAAAAGUAAAGAAACAAAGCAACAAA